UGAUUUUUAUAUAUUUUUUUUAAUCUGAUUAGUUCUACAUAAAUAAAAUGAUAAACUACAUUUGGACAUAUGUGUCCUUUAUUGUGUGCAGUAAAUUCAGUGUAUUAAAAUGGAUGAUGAUGAAAUAAUUUUCCUUAGCCAUUGUUCUUACAAAUCUAAUGAAACCCAAAAAAUACAAUCAAAAGGUAAUGUCCAUUAUUUAACAAAUAUAAAAGAUUCUGAGGCAUCUAUAAAUAUGAAUGAAACAGAAUGUAUCAGCAGUAUACAAUACACAAAUAAUUUAAUGAAAGAAAAUAAUAUUGAAAAAGAAUUGAGUGAAUUUGAUUUACAUAAAGUAAAUUUUGAAUGUGAAAAUGAUUUAGGAUAUAAUUCAAAAAAGAAAUCUGAAAGUGAUUCUGAUUAUGAAUCACAAAAUAAAAUUUAUCAAUGUCAUACUGAAUUAUCUUUUGAUGAUGAAAUAUUAAAACAAAAUUAUAAGAAUAUGAAAAGUAAAAGUAAAAAUAAUGUAAAUAAAAUAUUAGAAAAAGGAAAGGAUAAGCAACAAACAAAACUAGAAAAACAAGAAGAGAUAACAAAACAAAAACUAUUAAAAAAAUUGAAUAAAAAAAAUUGCUUAAAUAACAAUGCUGACCAUAAACUUAAAUUAAUUGAAAUUAUAUUUGAUGAAGAAAUUAAGAAUCAUGAUUAUUUUGAUCAUUUUUUGACAUAUGCUGAAGAAAAUUGUAUUAAAUAUAAUGUACAAUCACAAUUGAUACCUAAAUCUAUUACCUUUUCCAGAUAUAUUGAGAAUCAUUAUAUAAACAAAGAAAAUAACUUGUGCUCAAAUAUUGAAAAUGUAAAUGAAAAACAUAUUAUAAUCAUUUGGAAUUGUAAAGAAAUUAUUGAUCACAUAUUUGACAAUACAUUUAUAUCUGUAAUUUCCAAUAUUAAAUUAUUAGUGCCUGAUAGAAAGUUAUCAUUAAUUAUUUAUAAAAUAGGCAGUUAUUUUAAAUAUUUGAAAAGUAUAAAAGAUCGAGCUGUACAAGAAACAUUUUCAAGAAACUUAAGUAUUGAGAAACAGAAAAAAAUGAAACUAAAAGGAGAUAAAGAUUUUUCCAAUUAUCCAAUAAUAUCAAGAAAAAAGUUUGAAAAAUGCUUAGUUGAAAUUCAAUUAAUACAUAAUAUCAAUUCUAGAUUAAUAGAAAAUCAAGAUGAAAUGAUUUUAUGGAUUCAUCAAUACACAAAAUCAUUAACUCGUUUGCCUUCAAAAAUAGAAAAACGAUCAGAGUUAUCUAAAAUUGAUUGCUAUAUUAAUUGUGAUAAUAGAGACACAGUUAAAGUGGACAAAGAUGGAAAUGGAUUAAAACGAUUAUGGCAACAACAAUUAUGUCAAUUCACAUUAAUGAGUUUAGAGACAUCUGAGGCUAUUUCAUCAAUCUAUAAAAGUCCAUUACACUUAAUUGAAACUUAUAAAAACUGUAGUCAAGCCGAAGGAGAAGCAUUGUUAAAAGAUAUUCCUAUUAGAAGAGCAGCAGGGCCACUUACUUCAGUAAGGAAAAUUGGUCCAGAGCUAAGCAAAAAAAUAUUCAUUAUGUUCACUUCAAUAGAUGGAGAAACUUUGUUAAAUGAUUAAAAU